AUGGAAGACCGGCCUCAAAAGCCCAGCCGAAAAGACCUUACAAAAGUGGUUGAUGAUUUCAAAGCUUUGUAUACCGCCGAAACUCCAUGCCCUCCGGGAGACCCAGUCCCUGUCCUUGCUACCCCAGCCAACAUUCGCGAUGACAUUCCGGAUGAAGAAGAAAUCAAAGCCGCCACGUUGAAGCUACGCAACCAUCGAGCCGCUGGUCCGUCCAAACUCACUGCAGAUACGUUCAAAGAAUGGAUUAAGCGAGCGUUUCCAGAGGAGUUCCACCGAAGCUCUCGUAAUUCAGAUGACAAACCACCCCAGCCCAACCGAGAUUUGGGACAAAUUAGUUGA